UGCUCUUUUUGAAUAAAGAGAGAAUAAAGUGCUGCAUCAUUUUGUUCAAGCCAAAAAGAUCAGGAAAUGGAAGGGAAUAGAGCUCCUAAAACGAAUGGAGUUUCUUUCAUAGCCUAAGUAAGGAUUAUGGGGCAGCUCUUCUUUCUCAGCCCACAAUUAUUAGGGACUUUAUAAGUAAUGAUCAAAUGAAAAAUGCUUCUUCCUCCUAGCGUGGACAACUGUCACCUGGAAUCAGCAUGUUCUCCUGCAACACCAGCACUUCUGGUCAGUCUACCUUCCUCCUCACUGGUUUUCCAGGCUUGGAAGCCUCUCAUCAUUGGAUUUCCAUCCCCAUCAACCUCCUCUGUGUGGUUUCCAUCCUGGGUAACAGUAUCAUCCUCUUCCUGAUCCGCACAGAUACAGCCUUACAUGAACCCAUGUACAUCUUCCUGUCCAUGCUGGCAGCCUCUGAUCUGGGCCUCUGCGCCUCCACCUUCCCCACCAUGGUGCGUCUCUUCUGGCUGGGAGCUCGUGAGCUGCCCUUUGAUCUCUGUGCAGCACAGAUGUUCUUCAUCCAUGCUUUCACCUAUGUGGAAUCCGGAGUACUGCUGGCCAUGGCCUUUGAUCGCUUUAUUGCCAUCCGUGACCCUCUGCAUUAUGCCACAAUCCUUACCCGCUCAGCCACGGCCAAAGUGGGAACUGCCAUUCUGGUAAGGGCUGUUCUGCUCAACCUCCCAGGACCUAUCCUCCUGCAGCACCUGCUCUUUCCCCAGAUCAGCGUGCUCUCUCACUGCUACUGCCUGCACUGUGACCUUGUGGGGUUGGCCUGCUCAGACACCCAAAUCAACAGCCUGGUUGGCCUGGUUUCCAUCCUCUUCUCACUGUGCCUUGACUCCUCCCUCAUCAUGCUCUCAUAUGCCCUGAUCCUACGAACAGUGCUGGGCAUUGCAUCACCUGGGGAACAGCUCAAGGCACUCAACACGUGCAUGUCACACCUCUGCAUUGUUCUCAUUUUUUAUUUGCCCAAACUGGGGCUUUCUGUGUUGCACCGAGUAGAGAAACACAGCUACCCUUCUCUGGCAGUGCUCAUGGCCAACCUACACUUCUUGGUCCCACCCUUCAUGAACCCCAUUGUGUAUUCCAUCAAGUCUAAGCAGAUCCGUUAUAGCCUCCUAAAGUGCCUCCAGCAGAAGAGAAUUGAUGCUUUCUAGAACAGCAGAAGGAUCCCAACACAUGACCCUGGGACUUGGAGUGGGAAAGGAUUAGCUGUAGAGAGUUAAUUUUUGAGGUUUUUGGGUGAUUCAGCUCUGUUACAGUUUUUGGAGACUAAAAGUGUUGUAAGCUUAUGAAAGUAUCACCCUGAUAAUCUUCUCAUUGCUCUGAUUAGAGCUGAACUAUCUCAAACUCAUAUAUGCUAUGACAUCUCCUUAUCCAGAGGGCUUAACUAAACCGAGAGAAUGUGUGCAUCUAUGUGUACAGGUACCUCUCCCCUCCCCUGGAUUUUUAUUUCUUGCUGACUCAUAAGUCUAAGGAAGAGCUGCAGUAAACUAUAUUAGCCUUAAUACUGGCCCUCUUUUCUCAAAUUUAAUAUUAACCAGCUCAUAUAACAAGAAUCCAAAAAGGGAGGUGGGUGGUAGGGAAUCACAUGUGACAACAGUAUACAGGCCAAAUUUGUUUGCAGUUAUUUGCAGCUUAGGGAGUGGUAGUUUCCUCUUGGUUCUCUAUUUCUGAUUGCGUGUUAGAGAAAGUUUGGCAUUGCCAAG